UUCAUUUCAUUUUUGUUCCUCUCUCUCUCUCUCUUUCUCUCUACUCCCCGAUUUCGCGCUUCUCUUUUCCGGGAUUCCGCCUCCUGGUCUUCACAAUCCCUGUUUGGUUUCUUAUUGAUUUUUGUGGAAUCUGAUUUAACUUCGAUUCGAUUUCUUUUUUCUGUGAUUUCUGUUCAAUUAGUUGAUUCUUCAUUCAUCAUUUGAAGUGAUGCGUAAUGGAUUUUCUUGGUAACCAAGCGGGAAGUAGCAGAGGAUUUCAGAAUUGGAAACUGUUUCUUACAUUGAUUUUCCUUUUACUUUUCUCUGGCGUAUUUCAUACGGUUUUUUUUGUUGAAGCGCAUAUUCCUCAAGGAUUCCACAAAUCCAAUCGCUCUGGUGUUUUCGGAAUCGAAUUGCCGGAAAAUCUUAGCUCUGGUAUUGCUUCUUCAUCCGCGAGUGCUCCUUGUAGCUUCGGAAAUGAAGGCGAAGAAGGUGAGAGAGAGAGUUUAAUGGCGGAUUCAGUGAAGCAAUCGGUGAAACUUCAUCUCAAAAAGCGGUCAACGAAUACAGCGAACAAGCCGAAGGAAUCGAUUACUGAAUCUGCAGUUAGGGAUUUGGCGAGAAUCCAAACGCUGCAUACCAGAAUCACUGAGAGGAAGAAUCAAGAUACGACUUCGAGGUUGAAGAAGAGCAAUGUCGAGCGGAAGAAGCCGAUGGAGGAGGUUUCUUCUCCGGCUGAAUCGCCGGAAUCUUACGCUGAUUACUUCUCUGGUCAGCUUAUGGCGACUUUGGAAUCCGGCGUCAGUCUUGGCUCUGGUGAGUACUUUAUCGACGUAUUCAUCGGUUCUCCGCCUAAACACUUCUCCCUGAUUCUCGACACUGGAAGCGAUUUGAACUGGAUUCAAUGUGUCCCUUGCUUCGAUUGUUUUGAGCAAAACGGACCUUACUACGAUCCUAAAGAUUCAAUUUCUUUCAGAAACAUUACGUGCAACGAUCCUCGAUGUCAAUUAGUUUCAUCUCCAGAUCCUCCGCGCCCGUGCAAAUUCGAGACGCAAUCGUGCCCUUAUUUCUACUGGUAUGGCGACAGUUCCAACACCACCGGCGAUUUCGCACUCGAAACGUUCACCGUCAAUCUCACCUCAUCGACGACGGGGAAAUCGGAGUUCCGACGAGUGGAGAAUGUGAUGUUCGGAUGCGGCCAUUGGAACAGAGGUCUCUUCCAUGGCGCCGCCGGAUUAUUAGGGCUUGGCCGAGGACCCCUCUCUUUCUCUUCACAGCUUCAAUCGCUCUACGGACAUUCCUUCUCCUACUGUCUCGUCGAUCGAGACAGCGACACAAGCGUGAGCAGCAAAUUGAUUUUCGGCGAAGACAAAGAUUUAUUAACUCAUCCAGAACUGAAUUUCACAUCUCUGAUUGCCGGAAAGGAAAAUCCAGUCGAUACAUUCUACUACUUGCAAAUCAAAUCGAUCUUUGUCGGAGGAGAGAAACUCCAAAUUCCAGAGGAGAAUUGGAACCUCUCCGCCGACGGUGCCGGAGGAACAAUCAUCGAUUCCGGUACAACUCUCAGCUAUUUCUCCGAUCCUGCUUACCGAAUCAUCAAGGAAGCAUUCUUGAGGAAAGUGAAAGGCUAUAAACUAGUUGAAGAUUUUCCUAUUUUACAUCCUUGCUACAACGUCUCCGGCACCGAUGAACUGAAUUUUCCAGAAUUCUUAAUCCAGUUCGCGGACGGCGCCGUGUGGAACUUUCCGGUGGAGAAUUACUUCAUAAGAAUCCAGCAACUAGAUAUCGUUUGCUUAGCGAUGUUAGGAACUCCAAAAUCAGCACUGUCGAUCAUCGGAAAUUAUCAACAACAGAAUUUCCACAUAUUGUAUGAUACGAAGAAUUCAAGACUGGGCUACGCGCCGAUGAGAUGCGCUGAAGUUUGCAUUUCAAUUGGGCCGGGCCGGUCCUCGGCCCAGUUGCGGAACAGCAGUUUAGGGUUUUACUUCAUCAUUCUCAGCACGACUUUUACGAUUCGUGGCAGUUUGGCUAUCGGCCGUCGAGAGUUUCACCAGUACCAGGUUGUGGGGAGGGCUCUUCCUUCUGAAUCGGAUGAGCAUCCCAAGAUCUAUCGGAUGAAGCUAUGGGCUACCAACGAAGUCCGUGCCAAAUCUAAGUUCUGGUACUUUUUGAGGAAGUUGAAGAAAGUUAAGAAAAGCAAUGGUCAAAUUCUUGCCAUUAAUGAGAUUUUUGAAAAGAACCCAACAAAGAUCAAGAACUAUGGUAUUUGGCUGCGAUAUCAGAGCCGAACUGGUUAUCACAACAUGUACAAGGAGUACCGUGACACAACAUUGAAUGGUGCCGUUGAGCAAAUGUAUACCGAGAUGGCCUCUCGCCAUAGGGUAAGGUGCCCGUGCAUCCAAAUCAUUAAGACAGCAACUGUUCCAGCGAAACUCUGCAAGAGGGAAAGUACGAAACAGUUCCACGACUCAAAGAUCAAAUUCCCGUUGGUGUUCAAGAAGGUGAGGCCACCCACCAGGAAGCUCAAGACAACAUACAAAGCAUCUAAGCCCAACUUGUUCAUGUAAUUCUGUUCAUCAUCUUGAUUAUUAUUGAUUAGAUUAUUAUUGAUUAGAUUAAUAGCAACUUCGAGAAGUAGAUGCAAUUUAUUCGAAACAAUUCAUUUUUCCAGCACAAUUAUUCCUCUGUUAUGGAGUUCAUGAGAUGAGUUUGCCAAUUUUGAUUGGAUUAAUAUCUAAAUCAAAUUUUCUUGGAUUUCUGUUUUUGAAGCAUUUUUUUCUUGAGUGUUGCAAGUUGUAGUCUUGAAUUAUUGUGUUGGGUUCGAACCAUUAUCCAAACUCCAUUUUGAAUAUUGUGUAUUGUCAAACACACUCUAUCUAUCUAUGAAGUUUUAAUUUCUGAA